AUGGUGUCUCAGGUUUAUUCCGACUACUCGUCGUUUGCUGCCAACGUCACCCUGUUUGGUGAUGUCUACCAGCAAUUCAACGCCGUCCCCACCCUCAACUUCGUCGAGAAGUUGUGGGGGUCGUACUACUACUACAUGAACAACGACUUGUUCGCCACGGGGCUUCUUUUCUUCCUCGUCCACGAAGUGUUCUAUUUUGGCCGCUGCUUGCCCUGGUACGUCAUCGACAAGAUCCCGUACUUCCAGAAAUACAAGAUCCAGCCGGAUAAGAUGCCGUCGGACAAGGAGCAGUGGGAGUGUCUCAAGCUGGUGCUCACGCUGCACUUCCUUGUCGAGGCGUUCCCCAUCUGGUUUUUCCAUCCGUUCUGUCAGAAGAUCGGCAUCACCUUCGACGUCCCCUUCCCCAAGAUCACGACGAUGUUGUGGCAAUGGGCGCUAUUUUUCGUGUUGGAGGACGCGUGGCACUACUGGUUCCACCGCGGGUUGCACCACGGGCCGUUCUACAAGUACAUCCACAAGCAGCACCACCGCUACGCCGCCCCCUUUGGCCUCGCCGCCGAGUACGCCCACCCGGUGGAGGUGAUGUUGUUGGGGUUGGGCACCGUGGGGAUCCCCGUGGUGUUCUGCAUGUUCACCAAGAACUUGCACUUGUUUACCGUGUGUAUCUGGAUCAUCUUGCGGUUGUUUCAGGCCGUCGACGCCCACUCGGGCUACGAGUUCCCGUGGUCGUUGCACCACUUUUUGCCGUUUUGGGCCGGCGCCGACCACCACGACGAGCACCACCACUACUUCAUCGGGCUGUACGCGCUGUCGUUCAGAUGGUGGGACGCGGUGUUGAAGACCGAGGCCGGGCCCGGUCCCAAGGCCAAGCGCGAGCAGGUGAUGAAAGCGAAGGCGGAACGGAAGCAAAAGAAACAUCAAUAG